GAAUCCUUGAGGAGAGGGCGCACGGAAGCGGACAGUGAGGAUACGGUCAUAUCAGAAAUUCAUGUGAUACUUUAUUAAAUCCCUGCCGGGCGAUUUGUCUUGUGGCUUGGAGCCUCCAGAGGGGUCAGAGGCCGGGACAUGAGCAGGGCGGCCGCCUGCUGACACAGAGGGACUGAACCUGGACCCUGGGAACCCCCCUCCUCCCUCCCACCCACCUCACUCACUCAAGCCUUAUUGUGAUUGUGAUCGGGGCCUACAGAGUGGUAGCACCCACCUUUGCCUUACAGCUUCAUCUGAUGCACGGCCUCAUAGUGUUGGUACUGGUCGAGUCCCGGUCAGCAGCGCUGCUCCCCAGGCCUGUCGGGCUCUCCUGGCUGCUCCUGACCAUCACCUUCACCUGCACAGCCAUGGGCUGCAUCCAGAGCAUAGCCUGUAACAAGUCGCGCAUCAAGCGGGAGAACAUCGUGGUGUACGACCUAUCGGCCACCAUAGACCACUGCCCGACUGUCAUCGAGGAGAACUCGCCCAUCGUGCUCCGGUACAAGACGCCCUACUUCAAAGCCUCGGCGCGGAUUGUGAUGCCCCCAAUCCCGCGCAAUGAGACAUGGGUGGUGGGCUGGAUCCAGGCGUGCACCCAGAUGGAAUUCUACAACACCUAUGGAGACGUCGGCAUGUCGAGCUGGGAGCUGCCCCAGCUUCGAGAGGGUCUGGUGAGGGCCAUCAGCGACUCAGAUGGCGUGAGCUACCCCUGGUACGGAAACACCACCGAGACCGUCACCAUUGUGGGCCCCACCUCCAAGCCAUCCCGCUUCAUCGUUAGCAUGAACGACAAUUUCUACCCCAGCGUCACCUGGGCUGUGCCCGUCAGUGAAUCCAACACGCCCCUGCUGACUAACAUCAAAAGGGACCAGAGUUUCACCACCUGGCUGGUGGCGCUCAACACCACGUCCAGGGAAAAGAUCCUGCUCCACACCAUCAAGUGGAGGAUGAGGGUCGACAUCGCCGUGGACCCGUCCCUGCCUCUGGGCUCCAGGGCCAGGCUGGUGGGCCGGGUGCACCAGGACCAGCCGCGGGUGCUGACCCGCAUGGAGCCCAUCCCUCCCAACGCCAUGGGAAGGCCCAACGCCAACGACGCCCAGGUUCUGAUGUGGAGGCCGAGGAGAGGACCUCCGCUUGUCGUCAUACCGCCCAAGUAGAGCGCUGAGGGCAUCGGAUUGGCCGUUUGUUACACCACAUCCGAGCGCGGCGAAACGGCCAAGGAGACAAUCAGACGCGAUAAAGAAACAACAAAAAUGAAGAUCUAUAAGCAGGCCGGGGCUUGAACUGUCACUGGCACAAAUCAGAGUCUUUUAGUGUGUAAAAUCUUGAGGGGACAACUGCCUUAAUUCCCCACCGCUGCCUUUGACGAUCCAGAAAGUAUGUUGGUCUCUCCUUCUGGUGCUGUUGAGCUGUCCAGGCCUGCACACUCCAGACCGGCAUGAAUGAGCAAAAGCUAACUCUGAUGCUGGGAUGUAACUCAAACCUGUACUGUAGCUUACUCAGGCCCAGAAAGAAAACGAUCAAGCCUAAACACAGACCCUGUUAAAAAAAAAAAAAAAAAGGUUCUUCAGCCUUAACGACGACGUCGUACCGGCCUGCUCUGUACUGUGCAGUGAAGUGCUGAUGUGUAAGAGUGUCACCGAGGAAAAGGUGUUAGUGUUUAUGUGUCAUACAGGUCGGACAAGUUUAUUGAUGACGGACAGAGAUAAGUAGAAUAUCAGCCGAGGUGUCAGGGGAUGGUGCGCUUUUGGAGACGGUGUGAGUGCGGGUGUGCAGCCAUGUGUGUAUGUGUUUUCUAUAAUGGAGCCCCAGGGUUGGGUCCGGGCUUGCUGCUUUGUCACACCAGACUGCCUCACACACAAACGCUCACACUGACACACACGCUGACACACACACUGACACACACACUGACACACACACCAGGGUCCUCAUUCGUGACAACAGAAAACAUUUGUCAACAUACACGCAUACUCAGAGCUGCUUUUUCUUUUUUUUUUUUCCGAACAUAUCACAUGAAAAAUGUUGAAAUCACAGCUUGGACUUGGUGUCGCGAUUUGUGCAGCGAGAAGAAUUUUAAAUGAAGCCCUGCGGCAGGAUUUUUUUUUUUUUUUUUGAAAAACACAAAUGGCCAGUUCAUCCAAGCUGCAGAGCUUCUCGCUCCCUGCCUUUUGAAAGCCAGUGAUGCCUGUGUUGAUGACAGCCUUCUGCAGUGAAAACAGGAUUUUGUGAUUCCCAAGUUCCAUCUGAUCAGACAUGUGAGGCGGAGACACAAGGUUACUUUAUUUUGCAAGUUAUGAAAGGAGUCUGUCUUUGGUUUGUCCUCUGCAAGUGAGACAAUACAUAGUUAUUCAGUCAGUAUAUGUUGUUUAAGGACACAGAUUAUCGUGAGAGAUGUCUAUAUUUACGCAAGAAGACUUAAAGGGUAACUACACCAAUUUUACACAUUCAAGUGUGUUUACAGGUCUUGGGGAGUACUGCUAUAUAUGUAAAAGUAGUAUGAAGCCUUUUGUGGCUCCAGAGGAAGCAGCAUUUCAACAGUGAUGUCACUCAGUGGCUCAGUUGCAUUGUGGGUAAUGAAGGAAGCAGAAUGCGUCGAAGACAAAAGGUGACCUGCAGUAUCAAUUUUUAUCCUUUAAACUUUCCACAAUGAGUCCAACUUCUUUGAAGGAGUGGUGCCUACAUUACCCACAAUGCAACUUUGCCACUAAGUGACAUCACUAGUCGCAAUAUUUCAGAUGACAUGCAGCUUCCUCUGGAGCCAGGACAGGUAUCAUGUUCGUGUUUGCAGCAGUACUCCCCAUGAUCUGUAGACACACUUUAAUGUGUACAAUUGUGAAGUUACCCUUUAAAAAAAAACAGUUUACCUUGACUACAAAAAAUAGAGCUUCUCACUCACUUCUAGCAGUAUUCAGUAUCUACGAUUGAGAUGUCUGACUCCAAGUUUGAGGUGAAUGAAAUAUCUUCAGUGAUCACAGCUUUGAAACUCAACAACAGCUCUGAAAGGCUCACUACGUACACCUGAGUGUGAUGGGAAUAACUUUUUGCAGGUAUUUGGUCAAUACCCAAAAUUUGAACUAGAAGAUUAGGAGGCUAAUAGCCAAAGUUACUAUGAUUCAUCCUCUCAACACCAUGGAUAUCUGAGCCAGAUCACAUGACCGCCCAUCCAGUAGUCGUUGUGAUGUUUAACUAAAAAGCGAAAAUGUAAAGCUCAUGUUCGAGGAAUUACCCAAAUGAAAAUCCAAGCUGAUUAUCGUGACAUAUUUUAACUUUGUAAAAGGAAACUACAGCUCCUAUGAUAUUGGAUAUUGCACUUGGUCCUUACUGAAAUUACAAUAAUAUUUCAAAUAAUUGUUCAACCCUACCAGGAAACAUCUGGGACACGCUGAAAUACAUUUUCAAAUACUUUUUCAAAGCACUGAAGCACUGAAAUGACAUUUCCUUCACCCACAUCACACUGAAUGGAUAAAUCAAAGGGACAGACAUCUGAAAACCUGAACUGAAACAAUCUGCGUGCCUCAAAUCAGAUAGAAGUGGGAAAAAAAGCACAUUUUUGUAAUUAGGUGAACUGAACUUUUAAAGAUCGGUGCAGCAUUUGGUUCACACAGACACACGCUAUCUUGUGCCAUUCCGAUCUUUUAUAAAGUGUGUUUUUAUGAAGAUUCACGACUGACGAAGGUGAAAAACAAACAAACAAACAAACAAACAAAAACAAAAAACAGGGUGCAGCUUACAGAACAUCUCACAGUCGCGUCGAAUCUGAAAACGUUGCUUACUGUUUUUCCCAGGCGGGGUCUACAACAACGCCGUGUUUCUGUCGGUGCACACUCAGCGAGCCGGUGAAAUAGAUCAGGCUGAAGUGCUGAGCUGGCCGAGAGGAGACAGAGAUGAAGAGAGGCGGAGGAUGUAACCACCUUAUCUCACCCAUGCUGCUCAUUACUCCUGGUGCAAACCGAACGAGCCUUCUCGCGCAAACACACACACACACACACACACACACACACACACACACACACACACACACACACACCUCACUUAGAACGACACUAAAGCCGCGAUCAUCCGAAGGAGCGCCCUGCCUCAUCGUAUACUGUAGACGGCGUGGACAUUAAAUAUUUCAACCACAUGCUCGUUGUAGCCGCGACACAGGAGCAAGUUAGCGAGGCGAACAAACAUCUGAGAGCUCACGUCGACAAUCGAGGGAAACAUCUAGAGCAGCACUUUAACCCGGAGAAUCAAAGUAGGUGAUCUUUGCGAUGGAGGCUUUUAUAGGGUGAAACUUUUUCCACACGUUGCCCCGAUUGAAAACAAAGCGAAAAGUGAAAAAAUUACAUUCAUAUUCGACCACGAGGUCACACGGCGAUCAGUCUGUGUGUAUCAGGGCCUCAAGUGUCUUUUACAGUAACAGAUGUGCCUGAGGACUCCAGGCUGGAGCGCCACACGGCCUCCUUCGUGAGGAGCGUGACUCGUGAAUUGCUGAUUGACUGGAGUCUGAUGCAGUUGUUUGUUUAACAUGACUGGGUUAUAAAAAAUAAAAAUAAAAAAAGAAGAAGAAAAAGAGAAAAAAAAGGUGUUUUAAAGUGUUACAAUACGAAGGACAUGGAACUCUGGCGUGUUGCAGUCCUUCCUCUCAGACUGUCUGGCUUUUGCAUGCAGUGUUUUUAAAACUCAUUAAAAACAAAUGCCAAAAAUAUCAACGUGUGAAUUUAUUCAUGUAGCUCGCAGUUCACAUGCCAAGUUUUAAAUUAGACGAGGUCGACUUGUAAAUUUGCAAAGACUUAUAUAGGAUCAGACACCAGGGGAGAAGACUUGAGAUGCCUUUUCAUCAGUUCUAGGCCUGUAACGAUAAUGACGUCAUCGACUUACACAUAACUUUAUCAACUUAUCAAUGAACAUAUAUGACCUGUAGCCAAGAUGAUGCCAUAACAACUAGCAGGGAUUUCGCUACCAUUAUAAGUAUUUUCUUCACAUUUCAUUUAUUGUUGUCUUGUUUGUUUUGUGAGGACUGAUUUUAUUUAUUUAUUUUUUUUACAAUCCAGUGUCUGAAUAUUAUUUAUUGCUCUUUGAAAUGGUGUACUUACACUAUUAUGCUAAGAACUAUCACGUCUCAGUGGCAUGAAAUGGUUUUUCAAAUGGCAGUAAUAUAAUUUUUCGGAAUCAUUAAGUUCGUCUAACAAAGACAGUCCAAGUUAUAAAUGUGUUGUGUGUCUUAGUGCAGAAAGAAAAAAAAUCUGGGAGGAAACACACUGUGAAUAAAACACAAUAAACACAUUCAGAAAAUUCAAGGAAACAUGUUUCUUUUUAUAAAAGAUUCACAUAUUGGUAAUUCAAAUAAUAAAGUUAUUAAUUAUACCCGCUUUAUCCCAAGAAAAAGAAAAAUAGUAGUUCCAGGAGAAAAUAAAUCGUACAAUCCAAGGUUUACUUUGUGUGUAAAUAAUGCCUCACAGAUGUCUGAUGUCAUUAGUUUAUAAUAGGGAUGCACGAUUAUUUCAGUAUCAACCGAAGAAGGCUUUAAAGGAGCACUAUGUUUAUAGGCACAUUAAAAAAAGGUGCAAACAGAAACAGACCCC